UAUAUAACCUAAUAUAAGGACGAUAACGUAAUGUUUCGCGUUAUUAUUGGUUGUUUAUUCGGUGAACUUAAAAAGAAACAUGAUUCGCAUCGAAAUGUCCAACGUUAAAUCAUUUCAAACAUUUUGGUUUGAAUCGAUCUCUCGUGAAAUACAUAACCUCUUUUAAUAAAAAAAGAAAAUAAAAUGUCAUCCUUAUCGAAUGACGGUUGUGUUCAAAUAUGAACAAGUAAUUAAAUAAAUAUGCUUAUGUAUAUAUAUGCAUAUAAGCGAUAUUAAAUUUAUAACAGUAUUUCGUUUAUUUGUAUAUAAUAAGUUAAAAAAGACGCGUACAUGCAUAUACGUGUUUGCGAGAAGGAUUACACACGCGUUAUGCGCUAAUAGCACCACGUGUUUUGUUGACUGAAAAUACUACCGAAAGAUGGAGAUACAAGCGGGAAGAAGAUUGGUAAGUAGGAGGGGGAAGGAAUGCUCACGCUUUUGAUGCAAUGUCGUGUUGAUAAACUAAACGUGUGCAAUGAGUCAAAAUGACAUCGAUAGAAAUCCAAAAAAAUUUUGCAGACUCUAAAUGUCUGCAAAAUUCAGCUACAUCCGAAGCAAAGGAAGAACAUUCGCGGUUAUCGGAUACACAAGAUCAACAACCUUCUAGCAACGUGUUAAAUAAGAAGGAAAAUGAAAUUUUAAUCGUAGAUGCAGGAAGUACAAUUAAAAGUACACCUGGCACGACAAACUGUGAUCAGAAGAGUAUCGAAGACGAGGAGGACGUGAUUAUUUUAGAAAAUAGGAAGAAAGAAAUGAAAUCUGACAAAGAUAAAAUAGAACAUGCACAGAACACGAAUACAAUGUCUCCUAUAACGGAAAAUGAUUUUAAGAUUAGUAAAAAUAAUAGUGCAAAAGAAAUUAUGGUGAAAGCUGGAAACAAUCUUAAACGGAAAAGACGAAAUUUUGUUGCACAAGAAAUAGACCCGGUGGUAGAGGAGAACAGUCCUAGAAGUAAACGAAAAAAGAAAAGCACGAACGAUAGGUUUUGUUGGCGAUGUCACAAAGAAUCCGUAGAAGCACAUUGCAGUGCUUGUCCUCGAUCGUGGCAUCGCAGAUGUAUAGGGAUGCAGCAGUCGAUUAUCCAGAAUUGGAUAUGCGGAGAAUGUGCAGCUAUUUUGAAAGCGGAGAAUGCAGAAACACGUUCUACGGCUAUGGCACAAUUAUCGGUUGACCAAUUGUGUUUGUUAUUAAAGCACGUAGUCGAAAGAAUGAGAGAAUAUCCAGGUUCGGAACCAUUUUGGAAACCAGUAGAAGCUUCGGAAGCUCCAAAUUAUCUAGACUACGUGGUUAAACCAAUGGACUUGAGCCUUUUGGAGUCUAAUGUUCGGGGUAAACUCUACGGCAGUACAGAUGCGUUUAUGGCGGACGCCAAAUGGAUACAACACAAUUGUAUCGUGUUCAACACAUGUAUGUACGCGUAUUGCGGUGGUGUGUACGCUGAUACGUCUAAAUUAACGAAUGCCGCGAAACAGAUAAUCAAAUUGGCACGUCAAGAAGUAUCGGAAAUCGAAGCGUGUCCCGAUUGUUACGCUCACGGAAGAAACCUACCGAGACCGCAGCCUUCGUGGUUCAUCGAACCUUGUCGUCGUCCUCAUCCACUCGUAUGGGCGAAAUUGAAAGGUUUUCCAUUUUGGCCAGCAAAAGCUAUGCCUCGAAUGAACUCUCAAGGUUUCGUGGACGUACGUUUUUUCGGUGAGCACGAUCGUGCCUGGGUUUCACCGCGAGAUUUAUAUUUAUAUUCGGAGGAUCCUCCAGUUCCGUUACCACGAAAAAGAAAAUUAGAUAUGGAGGAAUGUGUUCGGGAAAUUACUCGUCACUGUCGGAAACUCGAACUGGUGUUUGGUCAGUUUAAAUUUGCGCCACCUAAAGUGCAGUACAAUCCGCACGAUCCAACGCAAAUAAAAUUAAUGUUACCAAACUAUGACCCUCUUCGUUCCAACAGCUAUGUAUCCGCGCAAUUUUUGAUUCCGAAGAAGAAACAAUUUUUCAAGAAACGAUUACACGCGAAAUCUAAAGCACAAAGUGACUCGGAGAAAGCAGACACUUCUGAUAUUGAACGUAAGAUUUUAAUCAGUGACCUUGACCGAAGUACCGAACAAACGAAAAAUAAACUACAAGAAUCGAAUAAAUGUAGCAACGUCGAACCGGUCGCGCUUACUAAUCACGAAUCGAAAACACCUCCGAAUGCGAAUCACUCGGCAAAGAAAGACAAUAAAGAACAGGUAGAAAUUGGAAAGGACCAGGGAACUAACAUAAAAACGACCAAUAAGAAUAGAGAGAACGUGAAACCAAGCACGAGUAAAGUUAAUGACAACGAUGAAACGAGCGGAAGUGGCACGACUACACGAAAUUCGAACGAAUCAAGGGAAACAACGUUCGAACAGAAUAACAACUCUGAAAAGAUAGAGGUGACGAAGGAUAACGCGAAGAACGUAGAGAAUCUAUCGAAACAACUUGUAACGUCGUCGUCGUCUUCGUCAUCCUCGUCGUCGUCGUCAUCAACAACAUCAUCAUCGUCGUCGUCAUCGUUGUCCUCCUCCUCCUCCUCUUUGUCCUCGUCGCCGUUAAACAAGCAUCCGACGAACGAUGAUGACGUCCGAACGAUCAAACAGGAAUCUCUUUUAAAAACAAAUGUUAACAACAAAGGAGACACUGGUCAAAGCCCGUUAAAUUCGUUGAGAAAUAAUUUGAAGACUACUAAAAGUAUGGUGAAAGUUUAUAAGCCGAAAACUAGAAUAGUCGAUAAAAUGAAUGCCGAGAAGGCCCUGAGAUCUCUGGAAAACGAAGAAAAACAGAAAGCGACGGAAACGAUAGAAUUAAUGAGCGGAGCUAAAGAAGAUAAUUCGACGUCGCUAAAUGAUAUCACGAUAAAGUCGAACAAUAACGAUACGAUACCUAAGGAGAAGUCUGUAGGAAACGAUACCGAUCGCGUUAACGGAACGGUUUCUUCCACGGAUCGAUCAGCCGAUGCAUUGGAUUUCGUCGUAAACAAUGAUAUGCCAAACAUCGUUAGAAAACCUGUCGAUAAUAAUAACUCACAGAUGGUCGAAAAGGAAAAAAACGGCGAUGUAUCGGCGUCUCGUCAGCCUUCGAAAGGUUCGCCGCAAACGUCCCAUCAGAGAAAAGAAAGCAAAGCUAGAAAGUCAUUUCCCAACAAGGCCCGUAAUGUUCCGCAACUUAUUUCGCACGCAUCGGUCAACGCGUUGCCAAAUUCGAUCGAUUCCGUGAUAUAUAAUGUCCCCGUUACGUCGAACCGGGCCGAAAAUGCGAUCGAAUAUCAAAUGUUACCGCCAGAAGCAGGGCCUAUAAGUGCUCGUUUGUAUCAUGGUGCUCAAGACUUGGCUAAAAGAAUGGCUCGGUUAAUGGAGGAGGCGUACAAAGAAGCGGCUCAAGAAAAUAGCAGUCAGAGUUGCGAGAUCGCUGUGUCCGAAAAUCAUCAAGCGACCGUACACUUCUUACGAUUGCAAAUAGAGCGUAUGAGAUGGGAACAUCAACAACAAUUAGCCGAAUUAAGACACAACACUGACGAACAGACAGAGACAUUGCAUACCUAUACAGGAGAACGAUGUUCGUUAUCCAUUUCAGAUAGAGUAUUAAGAGAGAUGAAGGCAGGUCUAGAAGCUGAACGAUUACGCGCUAUCGAAGAAACUCGUCGAGAUGCUGAAGAAGAGAAACUACGAUGUAUCGAAGAAAUUAAACGUAAACAAUGGUGCGCGAUGUGUGGUCGAGAAGCAUUGUUUUAUUGUUGUUGGAACACGGCAUACUGCGAUUAUCCCUGUCAGCAAUCGCAUUGGCCAAUGCAUAUGAGAACAUGCGCUCAGAAACCUUCGUUUACUACUAUCGUUACCAGUUCCGCCUCGAAUUCGAAUCAACAGCAACAACAACAACAACCGCCACCACCACCACCACCACCACAACAACAACAACAGCAGCAGGUGAUGCCCAGACUUAUGGCGAUGCACGGAGACGAGUGCGUUGGUGCCAUCGUCUGCAAGCUGGACAUCCAUAGAAAGGUGAUAAAACGUGGAUACAUCGCUAUGUUAGCGGUCGACGUAAAAUAUCGAAAGCGGAAGAUCGGAUCGAAUCUGGUGAGAAGGGCGAUCCAAGCAAUGGUAGAAGACAACGCGGACGAAGUAGUUUUAGAAACUGAAAUCACCAAUCGACCAGCGCUGCGUUUAUACGAAAAUCUUGGUUUCGUGCGCGACAAGCGAUUAUUUCGGUAUUACUUGAACGGUGUAGAUGCUCUUCGAUUAAAACUAUGGCUCAGAUGAAAUUGACAGAAGACGAUACGAAAAGAUUUGAAAUAAAUGUGUAACGUCGAAAAGAAAGGAGAGAUCACUGUUUCUGUAACGUAACGUAAAGAAAUAUUUGACGUUAAUGCCAAAGGGAUUGUCCGUUGUAUGCGCAGAAAACGAAUAAAUUACUUUGUACGCCCGCAUGUAAUUCACCGAUACAGAGAGUUAAACAAUUAGUUUGUCGUCGACAUGUUUGUCAAAUAUAGAAAGACGUUAAAAUAAAAUGAAAACGUUAGCAGGGUAUAAUUUGUGGUUCUAGUAGCGAUAAUUGAUCGUCGUACGCAUAUACAUCCCCUAUGUAGAUACAUACGUACACGUAUACGUAUAGGUCUGUGUAUGUAUCUAGGUAGAUAUUCCGUCUGGCAUUAACGUAUAGGUUUAUCGAAAUAGAAUAAAAGUACACACAGCUUAAGGGUAUAAAAGCGAGAAAAACGAGUAAGAAAAUGUUUCGAGAACGUUCGGUUGGUUCGCGAGCGAGUCGCGUAAUUCGAUAGGAAGCUCGGCGAAAGAGAUCCGGUGCGAACGAAGUUUCUCGAUAAUUUCGAGGAAAUCGUUGAAAUGUCCGAUCAAUUAGUUUAGUAGAUUCGAAACGUGUACUAUUCGGAACUGGAAAGAUUGCCGAUGGGACGGCACAGGGACAAGAGGGGAUACUUCGUUCGCGCCGGCCGAGUCUCUCGAGCGAUACGAGUUUAUCUAGGCGGUAGACGGAACCGUUUGAAAAAAUGAGAGACGUAAUGCGGUUGCGCCGAGAAGAGAGAGAACUCGCGUUCCUUCCGCACGCGCGCGCGCGCGCGUGCAAUCUUUACAGCUCCGAAUAGUACGCGUGACGAAAUACAAAUGGAUUACAGGCGAACUUGUUGCAUCGAAUGUAUCGUGAUCUUUAUCUGUCGUGGAUAUCGAUCGAACGUACUAUAAGAGGGCAGAUUUCACGGGAUCGACUAGACGAAACAUUAUCGAGUACCGAACGAAAUACGGUAGAAUGGUACGCGUAGCAGGUGCAAUGAUAAGAAACGCGUAACCGAACGAGGAAUCGAAGGGAAAGAAACUGCUGGUUGACGGUUUGCCAAACAAUAUCGAACGUUCGAAGGAAAGUAUGUAUUUCACGAUCGAGGCGACGCGAUCAUUGUUAUUAUCCACCGUGUUAUUUCACGUAUCCUUUGUAUAAAAUAAAUUCGAGGCGCGAAUUACGAUGUAACUAUUGAAAAGUGUAAAAAUGUUAAUAAAAACACGUAAAUGUUUGUACA